ACGAGGAGGAAGAUGUGGUGGGGCUAGCAUAUACCAGGAUUUUGCGUUGGAGCUAGCCUCGGAGCCGGUGAUGGCAAUCAUGUUGUCAAAGACGGCAAUGAGAAAGUAGCCAUUGAAGCCGUCCCAUCUGGCGGGUGGAUGCGCAAUGGCUAUCUUCUUCAAUGUAGCCAUUGUGAGAUCUUAGUUGAAAUUCUGUAUGGCAUGUGCCCCCGCGUUGACAAGGCCUAUGGCUUCAAGAGGUGGCGCCUGUACUGUAUCUCCUGUGUACACGUUGUGCAACUGGAUGCCCCCGUUUUCUUGCAGAUAGGCCAGCCAGUCCCCGUUCGCGCCGACCCAAAUCUGGUGCGCCCUAGGAGUUUAGAAACGAUGAAGGACCGGCAAAUUCAGUUUCGCAAUCGUAGGCAAUCUCAUACCUGACGGCUGGAGAAAAGGCGCGUAGGAAGCGGUUCUGCGUCCAGAGGGGUGAUGUAGCACUUGUGGCCUCGUGCUUCGCCCUGAUCAAACUCAGUGCAUGGCGCCAAGACGCACGGUCGUCCGAGCACCGUCUUCAUUGCUUCACUUCGAUCGAGCACUACGCGCAUGAGCCCUUUGCCAGCUGAGGACAUCGGCGCCAGUGCUCUUAGACACGACGACCACCAUGGAAUCGGCGGGGACGUCAUCCAGGCGACAACGACGCGCCGGUGGGAUCUUCCUGCCACAUGUGCAUCUCGUCCUGCUUAUGAACCCUCUUAACAUCCCCAACUCCGGGCGCCAUUUCUACCUCGCCGUUGACCGCCUCCAGUUCAAGAUGAGGACACUACUGGAGCUCCUAGGUGUUGUCUCUGACCGCCUUGGCCCGGUGCCCAUUGCCAUAUGUGUUUCAUCCCGGGAUGAGCUAGAUGCUGUCUGUGCUGCUGUUGCCAACCUCCCCUUCGUGUCCUUAUCACCGCUGUACAGCGAUCAAGAUGAAGCUGAGCGUGCAUCUGUUCUUGAGAAAUCCCGUCGGGCAGCAAUACAGCGAAAUCAAAUUGAAGAUACUUCUAUUGAUGAAAGUCCCAAGCCUGAAAGUGUGGUCUUGAAGCAAAAUAUUACAGUUGUAACAGAUGCUUGCUUGCCUUCGGCGGCGAUGGGAGAGGCUCCCCUUAUGUCUCGUGUGCUGAUAAACUAUGAAUUGCCUACAAAGAAGGAGGCUUACUUAAGACAUGUAUCAGCAUGCUUGGCAACAGAUGGAAUCGUGAUUAAUAUGGUGGUUGGUGGUGAGGUGGCUCUUCUAAAGUCUCUGGAAGAAACCAGUGGAUUUUUCAUUGCAGAGAUGCCAAUACAUCUUUCCGAGAUAUUAUGAGAGUUUCAAUCCGCUUCAGAAAUUACUGUUACAUGUCAGGACUAACUACUCCAGUUUCUAUUGGUGCUACUUUGACUUGUGGGAUUACUCUUUGCUUGCUUCAUAUGUGGAUUAGUCUUAAAAUUAGGUUUCAGAAUAAUGGGAUUGAUGUUUAUUACUUCUAUUUACUGAGAAAUGGACCCUUCUCUUUUACUUAAAA